AUGGGGGUGGUUAUUGGAGAUUGUCAACAUGCUUUUGUGGAUGGUAGACAGAUUCUUGAUGCUAUAAUGGCCACUAACGAAAUGGCUGAUGACCUUAUGAUGAACAGAAAGAAUUGGAUGGGUUUUGGUUUGAAGUGGAGAACAUGGAUGAAGAAUUGUAUCUCUACCACUUCUUUUGCCAUUCUUGUGAAUGGAGACCCCUCAACAUUUUUCAAUGGAUCUACAGGUUUAAGACAAGGCGAUCCUUUAUCUCCUCUACUCUUCGUUAUAGUAAUGGAGGCUCUAAAUGGUCUUUUGGAUAGGGUAAGGGAACUUCAUUUGAUCAGAGGUGUUUUGGUUGGAAAAGAAGAGAACACCAUCGAAAAUCAAUGGCAGUGGGAUGCUGGACUGUUUGCUGCUGUUUUGGGGUGUAAGGAGGUUCCAAAAUUUCUUGCAAGAAGUGGUUCCCAUAAGGUGAAAGCCAUUUUCUUCUCAGAAACAGGAGAGCGUGCAACACCAUUUGUACGUCAAGCUGCAAAGGAUUACUGGAAUUAUAUCUCUUUUGCCUAUGUUCUAUGGAGGAAAGAGGAAUCUUCUUUUUGGUGGAAUUCUUUUGGAGUGGAAUCUGCCCCUGCUGUUGUCUUUUUAAAAGAUCCGGGUGUAAAACCUGUUGUCUAUCAUGGAUCAUUCAAUGAGCCCUGGUUUCAAAAUGUCUUGGAGCAGAACAAAGAACUAGGUAUUUUUAAUAACUUGACAGUGUUUGGUUAACUCUGUUACUUCUACUUCAUUUCAAUAGAGACUUUCAUAUUUUUCGUUGGGAGGUAGGAUACUCUUAUCUAGGCAUAUCUAUCUGGUAUCCAUAUUCCCUAUAUGUGUUUGUUUGAGGUUCCCACCAAUGUGAUUGAGCGCUUAGAGGGUAUGAUGAGGAAUUUUUUAUGGGCAGGGAAUGAUGAGGAUAGGAAAGAUCACUUAGUGAAAUGGGAGGUAUGUUAAAUCUAGGAACUUGUCAUCAUUAGUUAAGUGGCUAUGCCAUUUUUCUAGGAGCCUAAUUCUUCGUGGUAAGUAAUCAAAAGUGUUUAUGGGAGUCAGUGGAGUGGUUGGGAUGCUGUAGCCACAAGAUCCACCAAUCAAAAAAGUUCAGAGAAGGUCAUUUCAAGUUUGCUGAACAUUUAUAAGCCCCAUACUGGGUAUA